AUCAACUUUUGCGACAGCCUCAAGGAAACACUCCCCAACCAAACCGCUCCAAUCCAACAGCUAUCGCAGUACACUCCAUCAUAGCGCCAUUACCAUGCCCUACACCGAUAUCUCAAACUAAUCCAACUCGAAUUAUACCACACCAAGCCCGCGACAACCCCCUACCACCAACAGAACCCACGAGCUACGCCAUCGCCACCGUCACCACGCCCGAACCUCCUCCACAUCUCCUCCACCCACCACCACAAUGUCCGGCCACCACCGCGCCGACGAAAAGCGCUUCCUCGACGAGCGCGGCUCCUCCGCCCCCCUCGCCCCCAACGGCCUCAACCCCGCCACCAUCUUCGAGAAGCCCGUGCGCGAGCGCAUCAUCGACUGCUACUUCUGGAAAGACCAGUGCUUCGCGCUGAACGAGGCCGAUAUCGUGAGUCGCGUGGUCGAGCACGUUCAUUUCGUGGCGGGGACAUACGGUGACUCGCAACGGCCGUCGCCGUUCCUGUGUCUGGCGUUCAAACUACUACAGCUGGGGCCGGGGGACGACAUUCUGAAGGAGUACCUGGGGUAUGGGGGCGAGCGAUUCAAGUAUUUGAGGGCGCUGGCGUGCUUUUAUGUGAGGUUGACGAGGCCGGCGAAGCAGGUUUAUGAGACGCUGGAGCCGUAUUUGGAGGAUGGGAGAAAGCUGAGGAGGAGGGGGAGGCAGGGGACGAGCUUGACAUUUGUGGAUCAGUUUGUGGAUGAGCUGUUGACGAAGGAGAGGAUAUGCGCGACGAGUCUGUGGAAGAUGCCGAAGAGGGAGCAGCUGGAGGAUAUGGAGGUGUUGGAGCCGCGGGUUAGUGCGUUGGGGGAUAUUGAGGCGUUGUUGGAGGAAGAGGAGGAUGAUGUGGUGAUGUUGGAGGGCGAGAAUGGGAGACCUGAGAGUGAUGUUGAUGAGGGUAGUGAGGAGGGGAGAGUAAGGAGUCCUGGCGAAGAAUUUGGGAGAGAGAUGAGCAAUGAUAGUGAUGGGAGGAGAAGAACGAGUAGGGAAGACGAUGUGAGGAGUGGGAAAGGCGAUUGAGAUAAUUAAUAUGGAAAUGAAACAAAAUAUUACAGAUAAUAUAAGCAUG